AUGUACCCAAAUCACCCUCUUCCACAGCCACCAGGGCAAAAGUCAGAGUACGACCAGUACCCUUUGCAAGAUACCCAAUUUGCGCAACAGCCUGUCGAUCGUGCAGAACCUUUUCGCCCUCAAACCGUUGACCCGUUUGCAGAUCCUUAUCCAGACGCACCACAACAUGGUUACGAUCAUCAACCUCUCUUGAGAGAUACGCCUCAAUUCCCAGCGGCAGAACCUUAUCCACCUCAACAACAUCAACAACCAGGCUUUAUGGCUCCUCCUUCUCCUCAACCACCUUAUGGUGCUCCAACUUCUCCCAACAUGCAAUAUGGUGGCGCUCCUCCUUCUCCAAACAUGCAUUAUGGUGGUGCUCCAAGAAGACAACCUCGUCGUUACAAGACAACGCGUAAGGUGAAGCUUACUCGUGGUAACCUUGUUUUGGAUUGUCCUGUUCCUCCACGUUAUCUGCAAGCUGUGCCUAUCAAAGAUUCCAAGGAAUUCACUCAUAUGCGUUAUACUGCCGCCACUUGUGAUCCAUCGGAAUUCGCGUCUGAAGGUUACACGUUGCGUCCACAGCUCAUGGAACGUAAAACGGAGCUCUUUAUUGUAUUGACCAUGUAUAACGAAGAUGAGGUUUUAUUUGCACGUACGAUGCACGGCGUUAUGAAAAAUAUCUCCUACUUGUGUGCGCGUGAUCGAUCCAGAGUGUGGGGCGCUCGGGGUUGGGAACGUAUUGUCGUGUGCGUAGUAUCAGAUGGCCGCAACAAAAUCAAUCAACGUACACUUUCCUUGUUGGCUGCUCUUGGUGUCUAUCAAGAUGGUGUUGCCAAGAACAUUGUCGGCGACAAGGCAGUAACCGCUCACAUUUACGAAUACACCACACAACUUUCCAUCGAUCCGGAUAUGAAAUUCAAGACCGCUGACAAGGGCAUCACGCCUUGUCAAAUGCUCUUUUGUCUCAAGGAAAAGAAUCAAAAAAAGAUCAACUCCCAUCGUUGGUUCUUGCAAGCUUUUGGUCCUCUCAUUGAUCCUCACGUUUGUGUCUUGAUUGAUGUUGGUACUCGUCCUGGUCAUUCUUCCAUUUAUCAUUUGUGGAAGGCCUUUGAUAUCAAUUCCAACAUUGCUGGUGCUUGUGGUGAAAUUCGUGCCAUGUCUGGUACGGCUGGUGUGGCGUUGCUCAACCCAUUGGUGGCUGCUCAAAACUUUGAAUACAAAAUGUCCAACAUCCUUGAUAAGCCUCUUGAAUCUGUUUUCGGCUACAUUUCCGUUCUGCCAGGUGCCUUCUCUGCUUAUCGCUACACGGCUCUUCAAAACGAUGCCAAUGGUCAUGGUCCACUUGAAAAGUAUUUCUUGGGUGAAACGAUGCAUGGUGGUGAUGCCGAUAUUUUCACUGCCAACAUGUAUCUUGCUGAGGAUCGUAUCUUGUGUUACGAGCUGGUUGCCAAAAAGGAUGCAAGCUACGUAUUGCAUUAUGUGAACCGCAGCUAUGGUGAAACCGAUGUACCUGAUCGUGUACCUGAAUUUAUCUCUCAACGUCGUCGUUGGCUUAACGGCUCCUUCUUUGCUGGUGUAUACGCUCUUUGGCAUUGGCGAAAGGUUUGGGCUUCGGAUCACUCGUUAAUCCGCAAGAUGAUGUUCAUGGUUGAGGAUAUCUACAACACCUACAACAUGCUAUUCGCUUGGUUUGCCAUGGGCAACUUUUAUCUUACUUUUUACAUUCUCACGAGCGCUGUUGCUUCGGACGAUCUUGAUCCAGCACCAUUUUCCUCCACAGUGGGAAAUGUACUGCACACGGUUCUCAACUACAUCUAUAUACUCUUGUUGAUCGUUCAAUUCAUCCUCGCACUUGGUAAUCGACCUCAAGGAAGCAAAUGGGCGUAUACUGGCAGUAUGGUCUUUUUUGCGGUGUUGAUGAUUUAUAUGAUCUUUUGUACUAUUUGGAUUACGGCUGUUGGUAUCUCUUCUGCUAUCGAAGAAGCCGAUGGAUCGGUGGUGGCAAUGCUUGGCCAAAGCAUGUUCCGCAACAUUAUCGUCUCGCUUAUCUCAACCUAUGUCAUGUACUUUGUUUCAAGCUUUCUUUUCCUCGACCCUUGGCACAUGUUUACAUCCUUUGUGCAGUACAUUCUCCUCUCGCCCAGCUACACCAAUGUUCUCAACAUCUACGCCUUUUGUAACACACACGAUGUCUCCUGGGGUACCAAGGGUGAUUCCAAAAUCAGCACUGAUCUUGGUGUGGUCAAAGCCAAAAAGGAUGAGGCGGGUGAACACUUGGCUGAAGUCGAACUUCCUACUGAGCAAAAGGAUAUGAAUGACGCUUAUGAAGCAGCAUGUCUUGAAUUACAAACCAAGCCUCCUGUUGAAGAAAGCCAUCGUGAUCCACAAACCAAACAAGAAGAUUACUACCGCGCUUUCCGUACUCGCAUUGUCUUGUCAUGGAUUAUCAGUAACCUUGCCCUUGUCGUUGCCGUUACAAGCGCUGCAUUCAAUGGUCUCGGCACAUUUGAGGAACGAAGCGUCAUCUACCUUGGUUUCAUUUUAUGGUCCGUUGCCGCUCUUUCCUUGGUGCGCUUCGUUGGAUCAUGUCUCUACCUUCUCUUUAGGAUCUUCACUGGUUAA